AUGGGGCCUGCCGGCUGCCAGUUCCGAGCCCUGGUCUGGAAAAAUGGCCUUUGCCGACUGCGGCACCCGGUACUUUCCCUCGCUGAGUUCUUCUGGCCCUGCAUCCUGUUCAUGAUUCUGAUGGUCCUUCGGUUUCAGGAGCCUCCCCGACACAGGGACAGCUGUUUCUUGCAGCCCCGGGAUCUGCCCAGCCGGGGCGUUCUCCCCUUUGUCCAAGGGCUUCUUUGUAACACCGGCUCAACCUGCAGGAACUUCAGCUUUGAAGGGUACAUGGACCACCAUUUCCGCAUGCUCCGGUUCCGCUCUGCUGCUGCUGAUGCGGAGGUCACCAGCCUGGCCUUUGUGGAGGAGGUGCAGGGCCUGGCCGAGGACAUUUACGCAGCAGUGAACAAGGCAAAGCACUUGCAGAAGCUCUGGCGAGAAAGAGGCCAGACACCAGAUUCUCCUUACGGUUCCAGCUUUUUAACGAUGGAUCUCAACCAAACCGAGGACGUGAUAUCAGAACUGGAAAUCCUCCACCAACAGCCGCACCUCUGGGACUUCCUGUUUUCACUGCCAAGGCUACAAACAAAGACAGUUCAUGUGGGAGAUGCCACACAAACCGUGGUGCACUUUCUCCAGGCUGUUAGAAAUGCUGUAGUGUUGCUGGACGAUUUGGAUUGGCUGCCACUCAACCGGACGCUCUCCCAGGUCUCCACAGUCCUGCUGAACAUGACCAUCUCAGCGCUGGCUUUCCUGCAGCGGUCUGGAGGAGUGGCCACUGAGUCUGUUUACCACCUUUCUCUGAAGAACAUGGUCUGGGACCUGCAGAAAGUACGGAGCGACCUCCGAUCCCAGUUUGGUUUUGAUGACCUUAAAACAGAACAAAUCCUGAAUUAUUCAGUGGAGCUGCAGGAGUGUCCCUCAGAGAGCGACUUGGAGAGGAUGGUGUGCUCUGUCCUGUCCCACACGUCCAAGGACGCCACUGAGCAAGAGGGCCACCGUGGAACCUGCCCACCCGAGCGAGCAGACGCCAAACACUACCUGAUGCGCGCCAUCAGCCGGCUGCGGCUCUGCGGACAGGUGUUUGGGCAGUGGCAGCAGGACGGCCUGCUUCAGAAGGUGCUCGCGGGUACUGCCCACAGCAUCCAGGCCCUCAGGGACAGGUUUGAAGAGGGGGGCGUGCCGUGGAAGGUGGCAGAAGCCUUGCUUGCUGGACUGGUGCUCCUGAGUGACGCUUUGGCAGCAGGUGGCCCCAAAGACAGCCACACCUCUCCGCAGAUGUUCCAGCAUCUGCAGACAUUGCAGAGUGUGCUGUACCAGCUGCCCCAGUGGCCAGUGCUGGAGAGACUGCGGCAGCUGGACAGGGCCCUCAGGAAUGUGAUAUCCCAGGAUUUGCAUUUUGUUCAAGAAAUCUUUACUCAUCUGGAGACUUUGGCAAGCACUUCUUUACUGGGUGGACCUAACAGUUGGAAACUAGAAAAGGAUGUGUUUUUUGGUGGGUUAAAGCAGAUGCUGAUGAGGAAUGCUACCACUGCCUAUCUUCAUGGAUGCUUUUCUGAGGAGGCUUCCACAUUCCCUGGGAAUUCCAGCAUCUGGGGGGUCCCCUGGGGACUAUUGUGCCACCAUACCUCCUUGAAUAAGACUAGAGUUUUUAACAGGCUACUUGAUAGAGUGGAGAAUGCUGAUCAUGUUUUGCAAGAAGCCAUUGCUGGGCACACAGAUACUCUGGUUUCAGACCCUGAAGUGCAUCCAGGCUGGCAGGAGCUUGAGAAGCAGCUGUUGAAAGUGAACCACUCCUGUUCUUGGCUCUUCCACUUGCUAGAAGCUGAUGUCUCUCCUGGAACCAGUGACUCUGCUGGUGGCUGUGAGCAGCAGCUGGUCUCCACCGUAAUAUUUCAUAUUCUUGAAAGAGCACAAUUGUCCCUGGGACAAAUGUCCUACUGGAAAUCCUUCCCAGAGUUUAUCAGGAAGACUUGUGAGAUGGCUCGAUACGUGAACACACAAGGAAGUUUCCCAAACAAUCUGUCAGCUCUCUCUGAGGACUCCCCUUGUUAUGCAGAAAACAUGGAUUGGAAAGUCAUCAGUGAUAAUUAUUUUGCCUUUUUGAAUAACUUACUGACAUCGCCAGGAACUUCCACAUCCAGGGUCUUCAAUUUCACAAAGUACCUUCUAGUGCUGGAAAAGAAGUGGCAUGCUCAUGAGGAUGAAGAGAUGAAUGUUCUUUUAUCAUUUGUGAAGUUUUGGGAGGAAUUAUUGUUGCCUAAUCCUUUUGAAUCAUCUAGUGGUCAUGAACUCCGUAACCUCCCCUCACUCACUGAGAAUUUCCUGAAUGCAAGUGCUUUGUGGGUAAACUAUUCAAACAAUUUAGGGAGAAACUCAUCAACAGCUGAUGCUCAAAAGCUUUUGGAAUUUGGCAAAAUGAUGAUUGAAAAAUUGCAGACUCAUGAAAGUCCCUGGAUGGGCAAGGCAUACAAAAAUGCUUUGAGAGUCAUGGAAUUAGUACUUUUGGAAAUUAAUCCCAAGCUUCUAGAGUCAUGGCUCUAUGGCAUUUUAGAAGGAGAAAGAGAUAAAUUAGAAACGUUGUCUACGAUUCUAAAUUUUUCUGUUCCAGAAAAUGAAAACAUUCUGAGUCAGAAUUUUAACUUUUCCCAGUUGUUCUAUUCAGACUGGCUGGAGUACCCCCCUGUGAAUGUGGAUUUUGUACAUUUGAGUAAAACUAUAAUAAGUAGCCUCCAUGACUUUGGCUUUCUCACUCAGGAAGAAAUCUCAGAAGCACUGGAUAUAGUGUAUGCUAUCAGAAAUGCAUCUGAUCUUUUCUCAGCCCUUUCUGAACUUCAGAAACAAGAAAUUGAUAAAAUUUUGACUCAUGUCUACCUAAAUGUCUUCAGAGACAAGGAUUCUGCUUUACUUCUGCAACUUUAUUCUUCAUUUUACCAAUACAUUUACAGAUUCUUGAGCCUUCAGAAUAGAGAGCCAUUGCUAACUUAUCUCACCCAAAUCUCACAACACAUUUUGGACCUUGUAAAGCAGUUGAAUUUCCAAGACAUCAGAAAAGCAUUUGCCUCUUUGUCUGCGAUUGCUGAGGCUCUUGGGGGAAUUUCUGGAGAAUCUUACUGUGAGCAGUUGCUUUCAAUUUUUAAGUUUUUGGAGCUCCAAGCCCAAUCUCUGGUGUCUACAGAGGACCAGGAAUUGAAAGUGAUUCAUGCUACUCUGACAGGCCUCAAACAGCUGUUUAAGGUCGAUGAAGAUUUUCGCCUCUCAUUAGCACAGUACGUGAGCCAACUCUUCUUCAGUGGUUCAGGGGAUGCACAGUCGGGGAGUAAGUGCUUUGUUUUGGAUAGCGAAACUAUUUCUUCUGCAAUCCAUUCAACAUCCGAGGGGCCUUCACUUAUCCUCCCAUGGGCACAGAUAUUUUCAGCCCUGUCACCAAAUGUCAGUGUGUUCAGUGAGUUUAUGGCCGUUCACUGUACUGUUUCGUGGCUUCAAAUGUGGACUGAAAUCUGGGAAAGCGUCUCCCACAUAUUGAAGUUUGACACGAAUGUUUUCACUUCUCUUCAUGGUGGUCUCACUCAACUUUUGGGUGAAUUGGAAAAUGAUAUGAAAAUUUCUAAAAGCUGCCAAGGACUUCUUCCCACCCAUUAUGCUGCCAGACUCCUCUUAAAUUUCUUUCAAAAUGUAACCCAUGCUGAUGGGCUCCAUGUUGGAGAUGGUUUUCUGGAUGUUAGGAAUCUUUGGGUGGCACUAGGUGAUGCAUUCGUUACAGUAAAAUCACUGAACCCAGACCAAAUAGAGCGAUCUCUUUCCACCAUGGAAACGGCCUUGCAUCACCUGAAGAUGUUCCCACUGGACACGAACACAAGCCGAGACUUUUUCUAUUCCCUGCUUGAUGUUUUCAGUGAGUUAAGCUGUCCACCCGAAUAUCUGGGUAGAAAGGCAGAGCUGAUAAGUCGCUUCCUUUCAAACAAUCUCACACAUUAUGGAGCAGAGUUUGGAAGAGUCACCACUGAGCUGAGAGAGACAAUGUCAUUUCUGAGACACGUGUCACACGAUGGAGAUUUAGCAUCCUGUGCUGGUGUGUUCCGAGAUCUUACUGAGUUGAUUUUGGAAGGUGGCUUAUUACAGGCAAAUGCUUCCCAGAGGAUGCUGCAGAUUCUGGCUGUGUUAAAUUCCACAUUUUCCUCAGAGAACACUGUGAGGAGCCUGCGAGGCUGCAUUGACGUCUCGAACCAUCUGUACUCGAUGCAUAACUCAAGUCUUUCACAGGGUCUCCUUCCCAGGAUUUUUGGGAGUUCCCCAGAUAUUGAAACCAAAAUGAACUCAACAUUGAAAAUUAUAACUCGGGUAUUAAAUAUAAUGAAACCUCUUUGUUCUUUGAAUGAACCAAAUAUAAGCUGUGUAAAUAUUUACUUGAAAGACAUGACUGACGUUCUAAACACCAUACUUGCUACAGUCUUUGAAAAAGAAAAGGUACCGAAAUUUGAGAUUUUACUAGCUCUUUUAAAUGAUUCUACGAACCAAGUGAGAAUGAUUAUCAAGAACUUAACAAGAGACUUUGAUUUUGCCUCCCAAUCUAACUGGAAAAACUUGAGUGGAUUAAUUCUUAGACCCAUGGAAGUGUCAGGUGAAAUUCCUAAUCCAUUUCAGAAUGUUUGGCUGCAUUUAAUAGCACUGGGGAAAGACAUUCACAAGCUUAUGCAAGACAUUUCCCCUAUCAUCCUGGAAAAUAUUUCUCCUACAACUGAAAAAAUCUUGAGUCUAUUUGCCACCACCGUAAAGGAAAAGGACAUAAACCGUUUAGGCAAGUCGCUUUAUCAUUUCGCUAAUCACCUUGCCCUCAACUUACCUGGUAAGCUCCAAAAUUUAUCAGAAAUUGUUCCACAUGAGAUAAAGACAGCAGUGGGUCUUGGGAUUCAACUGGUAAGGGAUGUGUUCAACUCCUUAAUGCCCAUGGUUCGGCACAAUAUUCCAGAAGAUACAGGUCCCUUUCAGGUUUUGAAGCAAGUGUCUUCUCUCAUGCGCAGUCUCAGGGCGGCAGACAUAGAUCUCUUAGUAGAGCAGGUGGAACAGAUUAGUGAAGGCCUGGUGGGUUUCUUUAAGAAUCUCAGUAGACUGGGCACUGAUGCUGCAGGGGUCAACUUGCUUGUUGGCUUGAUGGAAAAAUUGACAGAUAGCUCGCGUUCUUGGAAUGUUCACCUGCUCCUGAGGCUCUCCCGCCUCUUUCCCAGGGAGGAUGUGAACCUGGUGGUGCACUUGUAUCACGCUCUUCCUCAUGCCGCAAGGCUCCUGGAGAGAGUAGCUGAUAAAAACCUCACGGAGGGCCUGAAGGAUAUCUAUGACUUCACGCUCCUUCACGGCAUUAGCAUUGCCAACAUCUCCAAGGAGGACUUCGCCAUUGUGAUAAAAGCUCUGCUGGACACCAUUGAACGAAUAUCAGCCCAGCCCGCUCUUGUGUCAGAGGCUUUAACAUGCCUUCCUGUGCUUUGGUGCAGGACUCCUGCAACUCCUGGAUCUCUGCGGAACCCUGAGUUAGUAGGCUGUGGUGUGCAGGGCCAUGUGUCUUCUUCCUUUUAUGGCAAAGUGGCCAGUGUGCUGGACCGUCUCCACCUGUCUCACCUGGGGGAGGAUUCACAGUGUUCAAAGCAAAGUUUCCGAGUGGAAAUGACUAGGAAAGCGGUCUGUGUAAUUCAAGAGCUAGCAGACUGGAACUCCAUUUUUCUGGAGCUGUCCGAAGUCUUCCAUCUUAAGACUCCACUGCUGAAAACUGUGCAGGAAUUUUGGGACAAAGUGUUACCUUUUGUCCCACCUUCUGGAAAUCAGAGUAAUGGCAGCAUCCCUGACUUCUGUCCUGGUGGUCCUAUUAAACAAGUUGCUUUGCAAAUCAUAGAACAUCUCAUAAGGGUCAAUUUUACAAAAGUUACUCCUGGUGAGAAUAUUCUUGGUAAACUGGUUAGUUUACACAAGAUUCUUAAUAUUGCCGAAGCUACACAGACUGCUUUUCAAAAUAAUGUUUCCUUGCAUUUGGAAAGGAUAAUCAAGUCGAUUUCUGAACACUGGAACCUGGAAAACAGAAUUCAUCAUCUGGCCUCUCCAUUCAUGAGCCUUCUGAGUGGAAAUCGCACAGGUAGUAGUUUAGAAGCAUUAGCAAGUUUUCUUGAUCUAAGUGAAGUAGCCCAUAACUUUGAAGAACUGUGGCUGGACUUCCAACAAACCAUGGGAGACCUGACACAUGACGUUAAUAUUCAGCACCUUUUGUCUGAAAUUGACAAAGGAAUCCAAAGUAUAUAUUCAGUGGCCCUUCAGAACACAACUUUACAGCUUUCCUAUUUUCUAGAAAUUCUCAAUUCAUCAUCAUUGAAGAUGUUGGAAAUUACCAAACAUUUUCUCCUGGUCACAAAAAACUGGCUUCAUGAAUAUGCAAAGGAAGAUUACUCCAGACUGAUACAAAUGUUCUUUGUUCCUGUGUCCAAUGAGGGUUUCAGGGACAAUAGAACUGUGUUGAUUAAAGAUGUUGCUACGGUUUUGGGCUAUCUGAAAAAUAUUUCUAGGGGAAACAAUUUUGAUGUUGUCUUUCUUUCUCCCCUGCUACAUGGAGAAAAGCUGGUCAAUUUCUCAUUUGUUUGGUGGCUUCUUGAAAACAUAGUUGAUAGUUCUCAGGAAGCAGGUCCACGUUUAAAUGACACUGACCUUCCCACAAUGAACCUCCUUAACCUCCCCUUGAACCACACAUGGUCAGUGAAGGGUGGGAAAGCAAGUUUCUCUCCAAGACGCUUGGUGGAUUUUGUGGAUCAGCUUCUGAAGAUAUUCUUUUCCCCGCUCCUAAAGAAAAAUUUGGACAACGAAAUAUCUCUUCUGCUUAAAGACUUGUAUGAAGAGACUGCAGAGAGGAGUUCUCUCCUCACAGAUAAAAUUCUAGAAGCUUUGAGGCUGGAUCAGUUUCUGACCCAGAGGAACUCAGAAAGAUGGACAAGCAUUUUCUCAAGCUUGGAGGAGGCCGUGCAUCAUGUGAUCAGAAGCUCUUUCCCAACAGACAGUCGGGAACUCUAUGCUGGUAGCCCUGGAGGGCUGGAGUUCAUGCGAGAUGUAGUCCUGGUCCUUCUGAGGGCAGCCUUAGUGGAGAAUGAGCCUGACAGUGGUCAGGACUUCUCUGGGAGGCUGAGUCAGGUGCUUUUCCACAUGAACAGCUCUGUGAAUCUCUUCCAGCUCUGCCAGGACCUCAGGUCAGUUGUUCACCUUGUGCGAGAAAGCUCUGCAGAGAUGGCGAAUCUUGUGAACACUCUUCUCACCUCUCCCAGUGACUUCCAUACUUCGUAUUCUGUACUCCAAGAAGUUAUACUUGCUAAUCUGACUGUCUUGCUUUCUUUCGCAAAUAACUCAUUCCCUCUGCACAACCGAGAAGCCCUAGAAAUCACUAAGGCAUUGCUUGGUGUAAUUUCUGGUGCUGGUGCAGAAGACGGUGUCCUGGAACUCCUCUUAGAAAUAUCUAGCACUCUCACCACGUUGCUAGAUGACAGUGCUGGGCUGAAGGAGUUGGCCGCGACAGUGGACUCCUUUGUGAAACUUCUCCAGCUGGCUAAGAAAGUUUCAGGGAGGGUGACCACGAUUUUUGAAACUCAUUUCAUCUCCAGUACCAAAGACAGCAGCAAAUUCAUUGACACUCUCUAUUUUAACAUGCAACGAAGAGUUCAGCAUCUUGUGAAGGAAAUUACUACUUUGAAAAAAGAUCAUUUUGCUUAUGAAAACUUAAAUGAUUUGUUAGUGCCAUUCCUUGACCUGGUUUUUGGGAUGAUUGGGGUAAAAGCUAAUGUUUCACAGGACUCUGACAUUCCCAAUCUGUCCUCUAGCCUGCUCUCAGAGGUGAGCCAAUCCAAGAACUUUACUGAGAUUUUGGAAGAGAUGGCUCAGUUUUUCACUUCUGUGCAAAUGAAUUUGGGAGACUUGGAGCGCCUUGUGGUGGCACUUAAUAAUGGGACUCCAGUAUUUUCCACAGAUUCUGUCAGCUUAUGGGAGGAAGUUCUGGGUUGCUUAGUUCCAAUAAAUUACAUCACCAAUCAAAUAAACUUCUUACACUCAAGUCCUGUUUCCCCUCGUAGUGAUGCUUGGGAUACCAUAUGGGAACGAAUUCAUGAAGUGAUGCCUUUUUUGGAUAAAAUGUUACCAGAAAACAGCACUGAAAUGGGAGCAUCCACAAAGACAUUGAUUGAUCUCACCUUAGACACUUUCUGGGGUAGUUUAAAGAGACAUGGUGAUGUUCUAGACCUGCUGCUGACAUUUGCUCCACCUCCACGUGGCCUUUUAGAAACCACAGCCACAGUACUGGAGGCUCCUCAUGGAAUUAAAAGUAAUGACGGGACUGAUUUAAGGAGAAGUUUAUUUGACAGCAUGUCCUUGAUCCAGAAUAUAACUCAUCAUCAACUGGAAAGAGUCUCUGCAAAGAAUGUCACAUGGGCACAGGAGGCGACGCCCAUGAACGAGACGAUGGGUUUCCCUUACAGCUUCAGACCAUCAUUGAGUUUCAAGAAAUACCUGAAGCGAUUAAUAGUAUUGAUUGAAAACUGGCAAAAAGCCCUGCUGGCAGAGGAAAGUGUUGUGGAGCUGUGUCGAGUCUCCCGGCAGCUGGAGGCGCCCUUAGAAGCCAUGGCGAUGCUGUGGAGAGUGGAGACAGCGGUUCUUCGCGGGCUCACCGUCCUUGCAGAAAACCCCUCCCUGAUGAAGGAGACACUGUGUGAGGCUCUGAGCUGCAGUCCAGGCAGGGCAUGGCGGCUCCUCCUACCCGCUGUCCAGGGGGCUGUGCUGCUGCACGGCCUCUACCAGGAAACUGACAAGUUAUGGAGCUCUCCAGGUCAGCUAAAUUGUGAAAGUCUGAGCAAGAAUCUUUCCAGAGCCUUGGAAAGCUUCAAAAGUGACUUGGAAAAUGCCACUGAGCAGGACUGCCUGUGCCAGCCCCCACUGCGAACUGUCCAGCAGCGCCUGCACGAGUUGGCCAAGAGUCUCGGGGAGACGUGGCUAUCAAAGAGCCCCAUUAUGGCUUUCCUUAGCGACUUCGCAGUCACCAAGGAUAUAAAAGUUAGGGAUUUGAUGCAGAACAUCACCAGGUUAACUGAAGAGCUUCGGUCUUCCGUCCACAUCUCCUAUGAAACCAUCCACAGCAUUUUGGAAGCAAAUAUUUCCCUCUCCAAGGUGCUCCCCAGUGCCCUCACAGUGGCUCUGUCUGAAAAAUGCGACCAAGAACUCCUCCGUCUCCUGCUGACCUUUCCUGAGGAUGCACAGUCCAGUUUUGCAACCAUGGAGCUGUGUGGGCUGCCUAGGUCAAAAGUGUUUCCCUUGAUUGUGGUCCUGAGCCAGAACCUGGAUCUGCGUGCUUUGGUCUACAAGACUCUGAUCCCUUCUGAAGCCAGUGGUUUGCUCGGCUCCCUGCUGGAUGUGGUCUCCAGCCUCAGCUCCCUACUUACCAGAGCCCGACAUGUCCUCAGACACCUUCCUGAGUUUCUUCACGCCUUUAAAAUGAAUACUCUGCUAGACACGGCAGAUUUUGAGAAGGCUUCACGACACAUCCAGGCCAGAAGUUCAGCGUUUGGCUCUUUCCAGUCUGUGAUGAGCCUGCUGUGCAAGGACCAAGCGUCUUUCCUGAGCAGUUCCAACACAUUCCUGAAUUUGCCCAGUGUUAAUGAGCUCUUGGAAGAGGCCAAGGAAAAAUUCAACAUCCCUGAGGAUUCAACGCCAUUUUGCUUGAAGCUUUAUCAGGAAAUCCUGCAGUCCCCCAAUGGUGCGCUGGUGUGGUCCUUCUUGAAGCCUAUAUUACAUGGACAGAUACUCUAUGCACCAGACGUUCCGGUGAUUAAUGAGGUCAUUCAAAAGGCUAAUUACACUUUUCAUUUUGUGGACGAGUUAAAAACUUUAUCAGAAACAUUUCUGAAGGUGUCCAGCCUUUUCCAGGGAAGCGGAAAUGGACAGAUGAUCAGCCAGCUGCAGGAAACCCUGAGAAACAAAUUUAUAAGAAACUUUGUAGAAAGCCAGCUGCAUGUUGAAGUGGACAGACUCAUGGAAGAGCUCCAGAGCUAUGGAGGGAUGCUCGACAAGGUCUUCAACCACUCAGGGGCUGGAUAUUUCCAUUUCCUGGGCAGUGCCCUGGUCAACCUCUCUUCCUGUGUGUCACUGGACCGCUUCCAGGCAAUGGAGUCAGUGGAUGUCCUGGAGUCCAAAGCACAGAAGCUUAUGCAGAAGAACAAGCUCUUGGCCAGCAUCAUAUUCAACAGUUCCUCAGUUGGCAAGAGCUUCGGAUCAGCAUCUCUCAGGUUGCUGCCCCAUGUCACGUACACGAUUCGGACCAGCAUCUUAUACAGCAUGAGGACAGAUUUGGUAAAAAACCCUUCCUGGAAGUUCCAUCCUCAGAGUCUGCCAGCUGACGGGUUCAAAUAUAACUACAUCUUUGUCCCACUGCAAGACAUGAUCGAGAGAGCCAUCGUUGAGGUGCAGACUGGGCAAGAAGCCCUGGAGCCAACCACGCAGGCUCAGGCAGCACCAUACCCGUGCCACACCAGUGACCUAUUCCUGAACAACGUCGGAUUCUUUCUCCCACUGAUAAUGAUGCUGACUUGGAUGGUGUCCGUGGCCAGCAUGGUCCGAAAGCUGGUGUACGAGCGGGAGAUCCAGCUGGAAGAGUACCUGCGAAUGAUGGGCGUGCACCCGGCCGUCCACUUCCUGGCCUGGUUCCUGGAGAACAUGGCCAUGCUGAGCCUGAGCAGCGCCGCCGUGGCCCUCAUUCUGAAGACCAGCGGCAUCUUUGCACACAGUGACGCAUUGGUCAUCUUCCUCUUCCUCCUGGAUUUUGGGCUGUCGGCCGUCAUGCUGAGUUACUUCCUGAGUGCCUUUUUCAGCCAAGCUAACACGGCUGCCCUGUGCACCAGCCUGGUGUAUCUCAUUAGCUUCCUGCCCUACAUAGUGCUGCUGGUCCUGCACAACCAGCUCAGCUCUGCCAGCCAGAUGUUUCUGUGCCUCCUCUCGACCACCGCCUUUGGACAAGGAGUGUUUUUCAUUACGUUCCUGGAAGGACAAGAGGCAGGGAUCCAGUGGAAUAACAUGUACCAGGCUCCGGAACCAGGGAGCAUGACAUUUGGCUGGGUUUGCUGGAUGAUUCUGUUUGAUUCAAGCCUUUAUUUUUUAUGUGGAUGGUACCUGAGCAACUUGAUUCCUGGAGCCUUUGGGUUGAGGAAGCCGUGGUAUUUCCCCCUGACUGCCUCAUAUUGGAAGAGCAUGUGUGGCUUGGUGGAGAAACAGCGACAGUCUCUCAGCUCUAGUCUGUUCUUUUUCAAUGAGGACUUCGGCAAUAAAGGCUCGUCCCAGCCAAACAGGGGAGGAGAGCUUGAGCGAGGGCCUCUCGGGGUUGCCCUGGUGUCUGUCACCAAGAAGUAUGAGGGCUGCAAGAUGGCGGUGCAAGACUUGACCCUCACCUUCCACAGGGGUCAGAUCACUGCCCUCCUGGGGGCCAACGGCGCCGGGAAGACCACUGUCAUAUCCAUGUUGACUGGGCUCUACCCCCCAACUUCUGGAACCAUCCUCGUCGAUGGCAAGAACCUGCAGACAGACUUGCACAGCAUCCGAGCAGAGCUGGGUGUGUGUCCACAGCGGGACGUCCUCCUGGACAACCUCACCGUUUGGGAGCACCUGCAGCUCUUUGCGUCCAUAAAGGUGCCACAGUGGACCAGGAAGGAGCGGCAGCAGCAAGUGAAUAAAACUCUUGAGGACACGGGGCUCAUUCAGCACCAGCACAAACAAACCCGGGCCCUGUCUGGAGGCACAAGGAGGAAGCUGUCCAUUGCUGUUGCUUUCCUGGGCCAGUCGAAGACUGUGGUCCUGGAUGAGCCCAGCAGUGGGGUGGAUCCUUGCUCCCGCCGCAGCCUCUGGGACAUUCUGCUCAAGUACCGGGAAGGCCGCACGAUCAUCUUCACAACCCACCACCUGGACGAGGCAGAGCUGCUCAGCGACCACGUGGCUAUCCUCCAGCAGGGGCGGCUCAGGUGCUGUGGGCCUCCCGUCUGCCUGAAGGAGGCAUAUGGCCAGGGGCUCAUUUUGACGCUGGCGAAGCAGCCCUCUGCACCGGAGGCUGAUCCCAAGCACACAGCUCGCCUCACAGCCCUGAUUCAGGUCUGCAUCCCACGAGCCGUCCUCAGAGGCAGCAGUGGGCACGAGCUGACCUACACCAUCCCCCAGAACACAGACAAGGCCUGCUUCAAGGGGCUCUUCCAGGCCCUGGACCAGAACCUGCAGCCUCUGCACCUUGCGGGCUAUGGAGUCUCAGCUCCCACCUUGGAAGAGGUGUUUUUGAUGCUUUUGGAAGAUUCCAACAAGAAAUCACACGUUGCCCUAAGCACCAAGUCAGAGCCUCAGACCCAGAGACCUGCUGGACCAUCGCCCAGCUCCUGUGGCCCUUCCUUGGGGACCUCACCUCAACAAGCCCUGCCUGCCUCUGUCCAUGGCUGCCAGCUGCUCCUGGAGCAGAUGGCCGCACUGCUGAGAAAGAGAUUGCUCCGCACUCGCAGAGCCUGGAAGAACACAGCCUGUGACCUGCUGCUGCCCAUACUGUUUGUGGCCCUGGCUAUGGGCUUGUUCAUGGUGCGGCCUCUGGCCACCGACUACCCUCCCCUCCAAAUGACACCAGGCCACCACGGGAGGGCGGAGACAUACUUUUUCAGCAGUGGGACUGAUGACAUGGACCUCACCCAUGUGCUCUUGCGGAAGUUUGGAGAUCAGGAUCCUCCCUGUGCUGAUCUCUUUAGGAUGAAGUCUUCAUGUUGGCGCAGGGAUCCCUUUUCUCCCUCAGAGUUCCAGGAUUCGUGUGGCUGCCUGAUGUGUCCAAAUAGAAGCGCUGGGGCUGCCUACCUGACCAACCGCCUGGGCCACACCCUGUUUAAUCUCUCCGAAUUCCCCGUGGAGCAGGACUUACUGGUGCCAUCUGAAAAACCAAGCCUCGGAGGUUGGUCGUUUGGAGUGCGGGCCCCCAGCGAAGUAGAAGAUGUGAACACAAACACCUCACAACAAAGAACUCUGGCAAAGGUGUGGUAUAAUCAGAAGAGCUUUCACUCCCUGCCUUCCUACUUAAAUCAUCUGAACAAUCUCAUUUUGUGGAGACACUUGCCCCCUGCUCUGGACUGGAGACAGUACGGAAUAACACUGUACAGCCGCCCCUAUGGAGGGGCCUUGCUGAAUGAAGACAAGAUCCUGGAGAGCAUCCGCCAGUGCGGCGUGGCCCUGUGCAUCGUGCUGGGAUUCUCCAUCCUGUCCGCCAACAUUGGGAGCAACGUGGUGAGGGACAGGGUGACCGGAGCCAAGAGGCUGCAGCACCUAAGUGGCCUUGGCUACAGGACGUACUGGGUCACUCACUUCCUGUAUGACAUGGUCUUUUACCUGGUCUCCGUCUGCCUGUGUGUCUCCGUCAUCGCUGCCUUCCAGUUAACGGCUUUCACCUUCCGGGAGAACCUGGCAGCCACGGCGCUCCUGCUGGCACUGUUCGGGUACGCGUCGCUUCCGUGGAUGUAUCUGAUGUCCGGAGUCUUCUCCAGCUCAGACAUAGCUUUCAUCUCCUAUGUCUCCUUGAACUUCAUCUUUGGCCUCUGCACCCUGCUGAUGACGACCAUGCCCCGGCUCCUGGCCAUCGUCUCCAAAGCCCAGAAUUUACAGAACAUCUAUGACAUCCUUAGGUGGGUCUUCACGAUUUUCCCCCAAUUCUGCCUGGGUCAGGGGCUGAUAGAACUCUGCUACAACCAGAUCAAGUAUGACCUGACCCACAACUUCGGCAUUGAUUCCUACGUGAGCCCCUUUGAGAUGCACCUGCUGGGCUGGAUCUUCGUGGAGUUGGCCUUGCAAGGCUCGGUGCUCCUCCUGCUGCGGUUUCUGCUGCACCAGGACCUUCUCCGCUGGCCAAGGGCUCACUCUGCUGUGCAAGGCACCACCAAGUAUUCUAAGGACGUAGAUGUUGAAGAAGAAUGCAGGAGGGUGUUGGAAGGAAGGACGGGAGGAGACAUCCUGGUGUUGCACAACCUCAGCAAAAGUUACCGAAGCUUUUUCAGGAAGACUACUGCUGUGCGAGAUGUUAGUUUGGGCAUACCGAGAGGAGAGUGCUUUGGGCUCCUGGGGGUGAAUGGAGCUGGAAAGAGCACAACUUUCAAAAUGCUGAAUGGUGACAUCUCCCCAAGUUCAGGCCAUGCUGUCGUGAGGACGCUCACAGGAACCCACGUGAGUCUGACCUCUGCCUCUGCUGGCCAGGCGGGUGUCCUCAUCGGCUAUUGUCCGCAGAGGGACGCCCUGGAUGAGCUGCUGACUGCCCGGGACCACCUGCAUUACUACUGCAGCCUCCGUGGGAUCCCGAGGGAGCACAUCCCCCAGGUGGCUGCAGAUCUCAUGAGGCGCUUACACCUUGAAGCCCACGCGGACAGACUGGUGGCUACCUACAGUGGAGGGACCAAGAGGAAGCUCUCCACAGCCCUGGCCCUUGUGGGCAAACCUGACAUCCUAUUAUUGGAUGAGCCCAGCUCUGGAAUGGAUCCCUGCUCCAAGCGCUACCUGUGGCAGACGAUACUGAAGGAGGUCCGGGAGGGCUGCGCAGCAGUGCUGACCUCACACAGCAUGGAAGAGUGUGAGGCGCUCUGCACCAGACUGGCCAUCAUGGUGGACGGCAGCUUCCGGUGCCUCGGCUCCCCUCAGCACAUCAGAGACCGGUUUGGCGAUGGUCAUACAAUCAAAAUUUGGCUCUGUAAGGAAGGAAAUCAACCUACCACUAUUUCUGACUAUUUGAAACUCAAUUUUUCAGGAGUCUGGUUUAAGGGACAGCGCCUUAAUUUGUUGGAAUACUAUGUGCCCAAAAGAUGGGCCUGCCUAGCCGACUUGUUCAGAGUUCUAGAGAGCAAUAAGACCUUCCUGAAUAUCGAGCAUUAUUCCAUUAAGCAGACCACUCUGGAAGAGGUAUUUGUUAAUUUUGCUACCGAGCAGCAGCAAGCUCUCCCUCCUUCUUUGGAUCUGCCCUCUGAUGGUCACCGCCUAUGUCACCUGCCUGUCUAACCAGGAAAGGAAUAGACUUGGCCUUUCUUUGUCACCGGUGUCCAGGCUUCAAGUGACAAGUGUGCCCCAGGAGCCCGAGUCAUGUUCGGGUGUAGGGGGGUCAGAUUUUCUUUCCUUUGCUGUCCUCUUUGAAACUGUUAAUAACCCGCAAACUGAAAGGGGACUCUUUUCUGUAGACUUUUGGGGAGCUCCUUUCCCCAGCAGUUUGCUGUUUCCACGCUAGGGGGCCAUCCACCCUGAGCCACCACUCUGGAUGUGGGCCUGGGCCCACCCAGGCCACAUUUCCCUUUGAAGGAAGCAGAAUCCCUCCCACCCCAACUGUUCACAGACCCCAACUUGCUUGCGUUGGAAACGGCAUCAAGACUUUUCUCUUUUUGCCAUCUUUCCAGGAGACAUGCUCAUGUUUUAAAAUAAAAAAUAAAAAUGCAAAUAAUUUAAAUGCAAAUUUUUCUUGAAGCUGGAUGACUCAGCAGUAUGGCAUGGGAAAGUCUCCAAUUUUUUUGUACAAAAGUGCUUUUUAAAAUUAAGAAUUAAAGAGCAUUUUCAAUCAGCCUAUUAACACAAUUAAAGAAAUUGAACUAGUUUUUUAUGUGUCAUUUUGAAUAGUUUUGCCAGAAUCACAUAGGCUAUAAUUUUGUGGGAUUAUAGAAAGAAAUGAGGUGGACUGUUUCUUAGUUUGGACUUAGAUUGGACGAAUAACUACUUUUUUGUGAUUCCAAGCUCUGUGACUUUACUAAGCCUGGUGGUUCUCACACUGGCUGCAUCCAUCUCCUGGGAGCUGGGUAGAAGAAAUGCAGAUUCCCAGGGCUGGUGACUUUCCAAGGCCAAAGCUGGAGCCCGACAGUCUGGAUCGAAAUAAAUGUGUUCCAAUCUGAGAACCAAGAAACUAUCAUGCUACCUUGUAACUAGAUAAGCAAAGUCAGCGGAGUGGGCAAUAACUACACAUUAACUUUCUAAAGUUUUUAAAUUUUUCUAAAAAUUGUGUCAUUCUCAGAAUUGUUGUCCUUAAAGAUGUGACUCUCAAAAGUUAUGCUGACCUGAUAUUUUGCAUCUUGUAGUUCAUAAAAUGUAUAAAGUCAGUAUAUCCACCCGUGAAAAUCAUUUCUCAUCACACACUUCUGAGCAUCCACCUGACAGCAUUUUUCCACAACCUUGGUAGACCACGUAAAUUUUGUUCUGAAAUUUGGCCUUGCUGGACUGGAGCCUUGAGGACUAGGGAACAGUGAUGGAAGGAAAGCACUUCCUUGUGACAUUUCUUUACUGAAACCAGAUUUCAUUAAACCUGUCUUUCUGGAAGAUCAUUUUAUAUCAGAGAUAUAUUUGAAAUGGUAGGAGUUAAGUCAGUCACGGGUAGCUUUUCCAUGAGCUAUUCUGCAUCCAUCACCGAAAUUAUGCAGUCUUAGUGAGUUACGGUUUAGGUUUUAUGAUUUUUUUCUACAGUUAUAACAUAGUCUCCAUCUCAACAUGAAAGAUGUAAUCUUUUUGUUGUUGAAUCAAUACAUAGCAGUGUGUGAA